UGAAUGUGUUUGAGGUGGGUGGGGAAGUGAGAGAGAGAAGCUGAAGCAGUGAUGGGCAGCUGACUCUUCAUGCUGCACUUCCCAGGGAGAGGUUACUGAACCUGAUACCUUGCAGAAAAGGGGGAGGAAGAUUAACCGUGGAGGGGGUGGGGACCGAAUCAUCUGCCCCUGGUGUUUGAGUAAGGAGAGAGUGAUCGUGUGGCUUUUAGUUUUGAAGGCUGCUUUGCCUUCUGCUGCCUUUCCAGUCGGUCCAGAGAUGAUGGCUUGUACUGAAAUGAUCACACUGUGUCUGCAGGCAGGAAAACACAGCGAGAAUAACCCCAGCAGCAGUCACGCAAGUACGGCUGUACCAGUCUUCAUCGAUAUAUUUCGAAGAGCAGACAAGAAUGAUGAUGGUAAAUUAUCCUUUGAUGAAUUCAAGGCCUACUUUGCGGAUGGAGUCCUGAGCACUGCUGAGUUACGGGAGCUGUUUCACAAGAUUGAUAAGCACCGCACAGACAACUUGGACACAGAGGAGUUGUGUGAGUAUUUUUCUGAACAUCUAGGGGAGUAUGAAAGUGUCCUGUCAGCUCUGGAGCAGCUCAAUAUCUCCAUUCUGAAGGCCAUGGACAAAACCAAAAAGGAAUACCAGAGCUCCUCGACUCUGGAGCAAUUUGUGACCCGCUUUUUGCUCCGUGAGACGGUGGACCAGCUACAGUCACUGCAGAGUUCACUGGAGUGUGCGAUGGAUGCCAUUGAGGAGCAAACCAGCCAUGAGAGGCAGGAGCAGGAUAUACCUGAGGACCCGCCGGUCCAUCGCCCAGGGAGACGAUAUGGUCGCAGAACUCAGAAGAAUGUCUGCCUGUCCCCUAGUGACCCGUACUCGGGGAUCCUUCACUCAGGUGUCUGUGUGGAACCAGAGAGUCAGUGGGUGACUCAGGUUAACAGAUUGCAGCAGCUGAUUGACAGGUUGGAGUGCAAGACUCCGAGACUGGAGCCCUUAAAGGAAGAAGUCAUUGAGGAAACCACUAAUUCUCACAUCUUGGUAGUGCAGCGGCAGAUGUCAGUGCUGGAGGAGGAAGUGGAGGAGUUCCGUCUUGCUCUGAAACAAUAUGUGGAGUUGGCCUCCAGUCAGAGUGGCAGCUUGCACAUCUCAGUUCAGAAGCUGGGCAAUGAAACCUGCUUCAUAAUCUAUGAGUUCUGGCAGGACAGAAGUUCAUGGAGGAGCCACUUGCAAGCAAACUACAGCAAGAACUUCCAGAGGAACAAUGUGGACUUCCUGGAGACACCAGAACUAAUGACAACCAUGUUACUUCCUGCAUCCUGGUGGAUUACCAACAAGAACAACAACAACUGACCCCUUUGCUUUUCAAAGUAACAACGCUGUUAAGGAUCUGGGGUAAAGCACCAUCCUCAAGAUUGGUUGAUGUUGCUUCAUGAUCCAAUGGAUAUCAUUGAACCUGCUACGACAAAACUCUUCUUUAGACAAGUCAAAUACUCAAUGACAAAUCGCUACAGUGUGUUUUGGUUGCUAAAAUAUUUAUUGUGUGAUGCAGGUAAGGUGCAGUUGACCUGAGUUCCCAGUGUGAAUAAAGAUGAGUUCUGUUUGCCUGUUUGCAGUAAUCUCCCCCCCAGCCCUGUUAGAGCAACAUUACAUAUCAACAAGACUUAUGUUACCUCGUGAUGCCAAAAAAUGACCUCCACUCAAUUUUCCGAGCCAGUUCAAGGCCAAUUGAUCCCAAAUGUGAAAAUGAAAAGCUGAAGGGAAAGUGGGAAUAAUUUGAUAAUUCUUUCAGAGUCAGCACAGGAAUGGCGCAUCCAAUAGCCUCCUCCUGUGCGGUACAGUUCUAUGAUUCUGUGAUCCUCAUUUACUCGUUAAUAGGAGAGUUUCUCCCUGGUUAUAUGCAUAGACAGUUGUGAACUUGGAUUCUGUAAAAUCAUAUCUUCCUCUCUAUUUCGUCCUUGUUUGAAUUCUGUGCUGAUACGGAUGACAAUUGGGUUUAAAGUAUGUGAGAGAAAACAAAAUACUCAAGGUAGUAGGGUAAUGUAGAUUGAACCAUAAUUCUUAUAUUAUUGAAUUGUAGAGCUUUUGGAAAGAGGCCCUUCGAUCCAUUGUGCCUAUGCAGGUCAUCAAACAUUUGUCUAUUCUAAUCCCAUUCUCCAGCAGUUGCCACAUAGCCUCAUAUGUUGUGGCAUUUCAACUGCUCACCUAAACAUUCCUUAAGUGUCUUAAUGAUUCCCACCCCUACCAUCCUUUUAGGCAGUGAAUUCCAGAUACUCAUUUACCCUCUGGGUGAAAAGAGUUUUCAUCAAAUCCCAUCUAAACCUCCUGCUCCUCACCUUUUAAAUUUUGCCCUCUAAAUGUUGACCCCUCUACUAAGGGAGUAGGUUUCCCCUGAUCUCCUUUGUAUCUUCUGCUCAUAACUUUGUAUGUCUCGAUCAGAACCCCGGAGCCUUCUUUGCUGUAAGGAAAACAACCUGAGCCUGUCUAAUCUCGCUUUGCAGCUAACUCACCCUAGUCCAGGAACUCCCCACAUACGUUCGAGACACCACCCACGCCCUCCCACCUCCCCAAUGCCUCAUCUUCAC